UGUAACACUGCGGGCUUUAGGACCCGUCUGCGCUCAGUCCUCCAUGGCUUUGUAUGUUUACAGUGAGAAUUGUAUGGCAGGAAUUUUCUAACAUCAAAUAUUUAAACAUCAUUUGCAUCGAUACAAAAGUCCCAAUGGAGACAGAGAUCCUGUGACACAGUUAUUUGGAUGGAGUCCUCGCGGAGCGCAGGGGGUCACUCCCGCGAGUACAAAUUGGUGAUGUUAGGAGAGGGAGGUGUGGGCAAAAGUGCCAUCAUCAUGCAGUUUAUAAGUCACAGAUUUCCAGAGGAUCAUGACCCCACUAUCGAGGAUGCCUAUAAAACACAGAUCCGCAUAGACGAUGAGCCAGCAAACCUGGACAUCUUGGACACAGCAGGACAGGCGGAGUUCACAGCCAUGCGUGAUCAGUACAUGCGAGCGGGUGAAGGUUUCAUCAUCUCAUACUCCAUCACGGACCGCCGCAGUUUCCAGGAGGCUCGCCACUUCAAGCAGCUGAUCUACCGCGUGCGGCGCACCGUCGACACCCCCGUCGUACUGGUGGGAAACAAGUCUGACCUGGCCCAUCUCAGACAGGUGUCUGUAGAGGAGGGCAAACAGCUGGCGAGGGAGUUCCAGUGCCCGUUUUUUGAGACCUCUGCUGCGUUCCGUUAUUACAUCGACGAGGUGUUUGCUGCACUGGUGCGUCAGAUCCGCCAGCACGAGGCCGAGAUGGUGCGGGGCAGCGAGAGGAAAACCCGGCGCAGCCAUUCCUUCUGGAGUCGCCUUAAAGCCCCCUUCCAUAAGAAACAGCAGUCCGAGCACUGAGAGAGGCACAGAGAAGAAGGGCAUGAUGGGAUACCACGGCCUUCCAGAUGAUGGUUCUCUCACCUGCAGCUCUAUUAGUCCCAUCGCCCUCGGAUGGUUUGAGAACUGUAUUUAUAGUUUGUAUCUGAUUGUUUGCAAUGAUGCACUCCCAAUCAUUUCAGUUAGACUAAACCCUCGCUGUGCAGGACACACUCACUGUCAUCAUUUGGGACGUGGGCUGAUUUACUGAUGUUAGAGAUUCAGAAAUAAAUAUUAAACUUGACAGUAGUUAUUAUUUUUUAUUUUUGGACAGCAUUAUACUUUGUGAAGGUGACUGUCUGGGGGAAUGUUGUACCUCAUAUUUUAACGGAUGGGAACGUAGAAGGAUUUGCUACAUGGAUGUGUUUUUUGAAGUGAAGAGAGGUAAGGUUGAGAAGAGAGGCACGGGUCAGAGAUUUGCUUGUUGGAAUAAAAUGAAGGUCGAAUGAGUUUCAGAGAGCAUGUUGUGUAGAGCAGAAAAAAGGAAAAGAAAGCGAUGCGUUGCAGGAUGGGUUUAUGGUAGAAAUAUUAAUAAUCUGCCAGUAUAAUGAGUACUGUGAACCAUUCCUUUUGUUAGACACAUUUAAAAACCCUUGCUGUAGUUGAUUCGCAACUCUGUUCUUUAGCUUCUUUUUAAAAAACUGGGUCAGUAACAUGUCCGGGUCACAUUUCACCCCAAAAGUGUGAUUUUUAUUAUUAUUAUUUAAAAUAAAUAAUUUAAUAAAUAAUUAAUAAAAUGGGAUGCAUUGCAAAAUAUUUUCAUAACUGGAAGCACUUUUCACCCCAAAUACUGGGAUGUUAUACUUUUGAGUUUGUAAUUCACAAUUAUUCACAAUUUUCUUUUAUUAGAUUCUCAUUACUGUAAUACAGUAGUAUUUUACAACUUAAUAUAUUUUUCAUUAUACAGUAAUGAGAUUUUUUUUUUUUUUAACCGUGAUGCAAGUGUAACAGUGGGGUUGCUUUAUUGUCAUGGAAAUAAUGCAAAAAUGCUCCUAAAAAUGCACUCUUCUUAAAUCAAAAUAGAGUUUAUUAUAUUUUGACCUGAAAUAUGACCUGGACACGUGAGAUUCAGUCAACUAGGAUGUGUUUGAUGGAGCUGUAUGAACUAGUUGCAAAAUACACUGUAUGAAUGAUUUUAUUUUAUUUUUUUAAUUUUGCUGAGCAAUAUUCAGGUCCACCUUUAAGCACAUUAACAGGCUGACCAACUUGAUUAUGAUUGAAAACAAAAUUGUUUCCUUUUUUCACAAGAUAAUUUUUUUCCCAGUGGUUUCUGUAGUCGAUGUGUAGGAAAUGAAAGACUUUAAUGUGGUUUAGGAUUUCCUCUUACACAUGUUGUGCACUUACUGCGCAUCACAGAUGAAUAGUCUGUUCAUUUUGGCAUUUCAUGCAAAUUCAUGUCAUUGUUUUUCUUGUGAUUAUUAGAUUUUAUUUUUAAGCAGAAUGGGUUUACUAUAUUUUCCUUUAUUUAUUGUUAUCAGAGAUUCUCAAAUAAAAAUUCACUUUACCAAUCUA